ACAGAGAGGAAGUGGUGGGUGAGAGGAGAGCUGGUGGAUCUGCUCUACAUUAUGGACAAUAUGAGCUUCAUCAGUUCCUUCUUCAUUUUGGCCUGCUUUUGUGUUUAUAAUGCGUGGGGAGCUAUUGGUACCUCACAGAUAAACUGUGCAUUUGGAAGUGACCUCCAGUUAGGCUCUGUUGAAGAGGAAUAUGAAGGAGACGUAGAGAUCAUCACCAAUAUCGACCCGUCUGAUGAGUUGAGGCUGGAGGCAUAUAUAUUUCAAAGUAGUGUGACUUUCCUGGAGCUCCUCCAUUCACAGGGAAACACAACCGCAACUGUGCGAACCAUUAAACCUCUGGAUGCUGAUGGAGCUCUGAAGGAGUCUGGUGGAGCAGUAUAUUAUUCAGUGACCUGCACAAGUUCAAAGACGAGGAAUACUCGAAUCCUUGAGCUCGUGGAUAUCAAUGAUAACACACCAGUCUUCGAAAAGAAAGAAUACAUCAUCACUGUGUCAGAGAUAAUACAGGUGGGCUCUGAUGUCCUGAAAGUGAAAGCAGUUGAUGCGGAUGUCACAGCACAGUACAACACAGUUUAUUAUUCCAUACAGCCUCCAGUUCCAGCCGAGUUUGAGCUGAGAAGUGACGGGACCAUCAGACUGCUGAGGCGCCUUAACUACAAUAUUGCUGACCUCUACACAUUCACUGUGGAAGCCAAGGAUAUCGAUGACCAGAAGGACACAGCGACCGUCCUCAUUAACGUGGAAGAUUUUGACAACCUGAACCCUUAUUUUGAUCACAGUCUGUAUCAGGCAUCCUUUCCAGAGAACCAGGAGGGACAAAUCUCAGCAGUUGCUCCAAAUGCAAUAAAAGCUCAAGAUGGAGAUACGGGAAUUAACGAGCCUGUAGUUUACAGCAUAACUGCAGUCGACCCCAAUGAGGUCCUAAGCAGUUUCAACAUCGACCCAAACAGUGGGGUCAUUUCAGUGACAACAGCACUGGACAGAGAAGAAAUAGAAAGAAUCACCAUUCAAAUACAGGCAGCACAGCAGGAUGACAGCACAAAGACAGGCAAUGCUGUUGUGUUUCUGGCUGUUGAAGAUGAGAAUGACAACCCACCAGAGUUUGACCAGAGCGAGUACACUGCAGUUAUUCCGGAAAAUUCCCCAAAUGAUAUGGUUGUACUUCAGGCCAAAGUCACAGACCUGGAUCAGGGAGGUUUCGUAGGAACACUACAGGUUGUUCCAGAUACGGUUCCAUUCUCCAUUAGUCCAGAUGGAUCCAUCAGGGUGAAGUCAUCUGCUGAACUAGACAGAGAAACCACCAGCACCUUCACCUUUCAGAUUGAGGCCAAAGACAGCCCUCCUUCCAACUUCAGUGCACUGGCCACUGUGAACGUCAGCCUCUCAGAUGAGAACGACAACGCCCCGGUGUUUGGAAAAUCCAAGUAUGAGGGCAAAGUUUUCAUCAACCAGACUGUUGGAAUGUUGGUAGUCAAGGUAGAAGCCACAGACCUAGAUGAAGGACCAAAUGGGCAAGUCAGUUACUUCAUUGACUUUGGCAAUGACGAGGGCUAUUUUGCCAUUGAUGAAAACACAGGCGAGCUCACAUUAAUCCAAGAUAUCAAUCUUCCAGAUAACGAAAUCCUUCAGUUUUCACUCUAUGUCAGAGCAAAAGAUGGGGGCACUGUGAGUAGAUCUUCCUCUGUGCUUGUGGACGUUAAAGCACCUGGAGAAUCUCGUCCCCAGUUCUUUGAGAAAGUCUAUCAGGGGAAAGUAGAGGAAGAGCAAGAAGCAGGCGCAGAAAUUGUCAAGGUGAAUUUUUUCUCCAUGGAUCCUUUUGUUCCUGUCACCUUAACAGUUGAGACUGAGGCAGACAAGUUCUCCAUAGAUGAGUCAAGCAAAAUGCUCAAAACAAGAGCCAGACUGGACUACGAAACCCAGAAGAACUACACAGUCCAACUGUCCAUUACAGAUGGCACCAACAGGGACACAGCCAUAGUCCAUGUGGAGGUGCUAGACAUCAAUGACAACAGUCCUGAGUUUGCCCCCAUCGCAAGUUCUAUUGGAAUACCAGAGGAUGCAGAAAUUGGAGACAAUGUAACUUCUAUAUUGGCAACAGAUGCAGAUGCAGGUUUGAAUGCAGAGGUACGCUACAGUCUGGAGGGUUCUGCUGGGAUGUUUAGUGUCAACCCAGACACCGGCUUGAUCACGGUUGCAGCAGCACUGGACAGAGAGACCCAGAGCAAGUAUAAUUUCAGGGUGGUCGCUCAAGACCAAGGUCGUCCUGUUCUCUCUGCAGAGGCUUCCCUGAUUAUCACAAUAACCGACGUCAAUGAUAAUGCCCCCAUCUUUUCCAAACAACAAUACGAGGCCAUCGUCUGGGAGAACGCCACCAUAGGAGCAGAUGUGAUUGCCGUCAACGCAACUGACAAAGACGAGGGUCUCAAUGCCAUUGUGUCAUAUCACAUCUCCAAGCAGGAACCUCCUUCUCCAGCCGCAGCCUUUACAAUAGACACCACUGGGUCUAUAAGCCUAGCUCAGAAGCUGGACUACAGCAAGGCUAAGAGAUAUACACUGGAGGUGGAAGGAAGGGAUGGUGGCAGUCCAUCCCUCACAGGCAGCACUGUGGUGAUCGUUUGGGUGCAGGACGUGAACGAUAAAGCUCCAGAAUUUAGCCAGGAUCAGUAUGAUGUGGCUGUCUAUGAGAACAUAGCGCCUGGAUCUGCUCUGGUGUCUCUGGAGGUGACAGAUGAGGAUGAGGGUGGAUUCUCCAAUGGCCACUUUCUACUCACAAGUGAUGUAUUCAGUAUUAACAGUCAAGGUGUCAUCCACCUGCAGAGUCAUGCUAGCCUUGACAGAGAGACAAGAGACAGCUACAUUAUACAGGUGGUGGCUGUAGAUCAACCUGUCGAUGGCUUGAGCUCAACUGCCCAGAUCAACAUAACAGUCUUGGAUGUCAAUGACAACAACCCACAAUUCAUAGACCUAGAAAAUCCUCAAAUGAUUCCAGAGGACCAAACAGGAGAAGUGUAUCAUAUCCAAGUUAGCGAUGCAGACAUUGAAGAGAAUGGAAUGGUUACCCUUACCCCCUACUCCUACAAUGAGCUCUUCACCAUUUCCAUGGAAGGGACUCUGACUGUGACUGGGAAUCUUGAUCGGGAAACACAAGAUGUUUAUGAGCUGGUCAUCGUGGCCACUGAUCACGGGGAACCACCAAGAAAUAACGUUACCACGUUGACAAUUAUCAUAACGGAUGUUAACGACAACGAUCCAGUCUUCACUGAGGAAUUGUACUCAGCACGUGUUUUGGCUAAGGAUGUCAAAAAAGGAGAUGUUGUGUUGACCGUGUCUGCGACAGAUCUGGACGCUGGGAACAACUCUCUCAUCUCAUACAGGUUCUCUUCAGAGCCUGACCUGCUGGAUCUUCAUCCUGACACAGGAGUCAUCACCUGGACUCGUGACCUUACUGAUAUCCCCGAAGACACGGAGUUGGAGCUCACUGUUAUAGCAGAGGAUCAUGGAAGUCCUCCGAGAAAUAGUACAGCAAAGGUCCUGAUCGAGAUUACAACAGCUUCUCUGACAGAUGACUUGGCUUUUGAGAACUCCACUUACCACUUCUCAGUGAAGGAGAACGAACCGGUGGAAACGGAAGUGGGUGUGGUUAAAGCAAUAACGGGAAGUCAGCUGGUCCAGGUCACUUACAAACUGACCUCGCACACAGACCUGUUCUCUGUGGACAAGAGUGGCACUCUCAAGACUCUUCAGUCACUGGAUAAAGAGGAACAGGAGUGGUACUUCAUUAAAGUGCAAGCUACUGACAGCAGAACCCCUCCCAGCACUGCUAUGACCACGGUGGUACUUCAGGUAGAAGAUGUAAAUGAACCUCCAGUCUUCGACAGUGAAAAGUAUGAGGCAGAAGUCUUCAGCGUUGCCCCUUUCAGGUUUCCAGUAGUGACAGUAAAGGCGACUGACCCUGACGUUGGGGACACUGAGGAGCUUCAGUAUUCUCUGGAGGAGUCCAGUUCAUUGCUAGCAGUGGAGAGCUCCUCUGGUCAGGUCUAUGUGAUGGAUUUGACAGGAAUGGGCGGUAAGGUCAUAAAAGUCCAGGUCAAAGCUACAGAUAGACACGGCCUCUUCACUAAGGCUGAACUCCAGGUGACCGUGAAAAACAGUGGCAGUGACAACAUUGUGGUGAUUGCACUCAACCAGCCGGUCCACACCGUGCAGGAGAAAAUUCGGGACACCCAGAAUUCUCUGGAGAAAGUGCUUGGCUGGAGUGUGAACAUUUUAAGCCUGAGGGUGGAGAGCAUAAACGAGAUGCGUUCACUCCUGAGGGAAACCACCGCCAAGACCUACAUCGGUUUUAUCGCAACAGACAAAGACGGCACCAUCAUAAGUGCCAAGGAGGUCAAUGAGAAGCUGAGGAGUGAACAGGGGAGUGUGAAAGUGGAGCUGGAGAACGUGUUUGGUCCUGGGCUGGAAGUAGAGCAGGAGCUGGAAGGAGGUUCUGGAAGUUCACAACAGUCUAACGAAGUUGUGGUUAUUGCACUCGCCGUUCUUUUAGCGCUAAGCCUUGUGGGGCUUGUAGUCCUAGUGGUGGUGACCGUGAUCAAGUUCAAGAUGAUGACGGACACGGAUUCGGAUAAAGAGAGCUUUAACAUAGGAAAGCGAGACAUGAGUGACAUCUUCACUAAUGAAGUGGUGUUUACAGAGACACAGGCGGAUCAGGGAAGUUACAAAGGCAGCAGGAAAACAUCAGAAGUAUCAGCAAUGGCAGCUUUUUGAGAAACACCUAUCGAAAAUCGCUGCAUUGAAGCCAGGAGUGGAAAACAUGACAAUAUCUUCUCAUUAUUGUAAAAGAAAUGACGUCAAUGUGCUUUUCUUAGAUAUUCUUAGUACUCCCAGAACACGGCUUCAUUUUCAAUGAUGCAGGACAGUCGUACAGUGUCCUAGAACAAAGCAGUGUAGGCCUACAUGGGUGUCACCAGUUUAUAUAUAUUAUAAAACACAUGUGUUCAAGUCAAAAACACAAACAGGAAUAAAGGCACAGCUUCCCCUCCCCUGCGCGGACAACAACGGCAGCCUGUGCAGAGAGACCCCACAGCUGGCUGAGCAAACCCUGACCACAACUCUCUAAAAUUAGCUCAUCUGAAAAUGUGCCUUCAGGCCUCCAUACUCACAAGAUCCCAACAAUCACAAAUGGCCACAGGUUUGCUGUAAUGAUGAGAAUAAUGGCUCAUGUUUAGUGAAAUACAGUCCCCUGCUGGUGUGACUGAAGCUUGAGCCUCUGUUGUCUGCAUUAAGGGGGUAGCGGUCCACGUCCCUCUGGUCAAAACUACACAACCAUAUUUUUACAUUCCACCUGUUGCUCCAUGAAUCUUCUCUGGCAUCAUCCGUACUUUAGAACACUGCUUUACUCUAGAACCCAUGUGUCAAACGCAAGGCCUGUGGGCCGAGUCACACCCAUCGCUCAAUCCUAUUCAGCCUGCAAAAUUAUUUCAAAUUUUCCAUUAUUAUUAGCUCGUUUUAAAAAUGAGCUAAACUACAUGCCCCAGCAUGCACUGCAGCAUAGUGCACGUUCUGAUUCCCAUCCCCAACAAAACUCAGCAGUUACACAAAAAGAAAAGAUGUCCAGUUUCUAGUUCAAGCCAAUAGGCAGUUUUACAAAAAUCUAAACCAAUUGAAAUCAUUAAAACAAUUUGGUAUUGUUUUAAAAUACGUAUGCGGUGCCCAGUUUGCUGCUGUAGUUUUGGUGUACGCUGAAUAAACAAUGGCCGGGUCAGAUCAGGGCAGAACGUUAAGUUAAAAUGAAAAACACAGCUGACCCACAGAUUUGCUGACAUUUUUUAAUAUGACCCUAGUGGUCGAGUUUGACACCCCUGAUCUAGAACAGUGUACAAACGUCAGCUAUUGUGGUGAUUCUGUUUUUGCCAUAUUGCCCACCCCUAGUUCAAAACACAGUGAUGGAUUUUAAUAAAAUUUUUUUUACUAAUUUUCUUGAUUUUUAGCGUUGGAUAAAGCACCGCCACUGUUUUUGUUAAAGACACAAACAGGUGUCCAAAAAUCAAAAAUAGCGAGUCAACCCUGUUACUGUACUGUCCUAAAACCCUCAGGACACUAGAAGACUGGUUCGUAAGGAGUUUACAACUUUGAAUGAAACAAACAUGAAGCUUAAUAAGUUCUGAAAAUGUUUGAUUAUACACCAAUUACACAACAUUAAGACCACCUGCUUGUUUCUACACUCAUUGUCCAGUUUAUCAGCUCCACGUACCGUAUAGGUGCACUUGCAUCGUGAGUUGCUGAUCCACUCAGACCUGCACCACACACACUAACACACCACCACCACGUCAGUGUCAUUGCAGUGCUGAGAAUGACAUCACCCAAAUACUGCCUGCUCUGUGAGGGUCCAUGGGGGUCCUGACCACUG